AUGCACUACUUGAUUAUUGUGAAAGCUGCUACCUAUUUCAACGAUAUAGGAAAUAAAGAGAUGGAGUACAAUCAACACAUGAAUGAGCAUAGGAAAAAGAAGGAAGCAAUUGAAAUGGCCUCAAAUGCCUUUAAAACUGAACCGUUGGAAGUGAGUUAUGAUGAAUUUAAGAAACUGUAUCAUUUUUUUGAUUACAAUUACAACAUCCAUAAGUUAAGCAAGAACGCCAUAACAAGCAGGUUAAGAUACAUGUCUCAGAGAUUACCAAAGGCGAUUAAUUCGUUGGAAGAGAGAUACAAUAAAGGCAAUGAUAACACUAAAUUCAAAACAAGAUCAAAACUAUACGGUUAUUUGUAUAAGAGUUUAAAGAUAAUGUUGGAUGCUGAUUAA